CACACAUACACGCACACCUUUAAUCUCUAAUUUGUUCCUGUUUGUUGCACUGUGUUGGCUUCUCUGUGGGAGGGUCCCAGCCAGCUAAAAUGCCUGGCAACUGUAACCAAGGGGCAGGGAUAGCCAGACUGGUCAUGUUUAAGUGAUUUGAAGAAAAGAGAGAGAGAAAAAUAACAUGAAGACAGAAAUAAAUUGGGGCAAGGAGCUGUUGGAGAAAUGAGAGAGAGAUAAACACCUCUGAAUAGUUUUUUAAUGGGAACGAUCUUGGUCUGUCUCAAGGAAGAUUGGGGAAAGGGGGAGAGGCAGAUAGGCAUAUUUGAGGAGUUGAAAGAGAAGUAGGACCUCAGGUGCAGCUCGGAGGGAAGGCGGGGAAAGUAUGUGUGCAUGUGAACAUGAGAGAGAGCCUGGCAGCAAGGGAGGGAGUGUGUGAAAAAGAUAGAGCACAAGCGUGAGCGAAUGAGUGAGCGAGGGAGACCGGGAGAGAGAGAGAGAGACACUGAAAGGGGAGAGGGAAGUAAAAGCCACUCGCAGCAUCUCUUUCCCACUGCGCCAGCAGUCCAGGGCUGCUUAUCACCUCUGCGCUGCUGCUUCUUUGUGCUUUUGUUUUUGUUAACGGUUUUCUUGUUAAUCUUUGUUUUCCUGUUUACUCCGUUCUUAUCAUUUUGAAUUUUUCUGCUCAAUCUUUUCCGUAAUUGCUGAAUUGAAUCUUUGGGCACAUACAAGGAAAGGACUAUUAGAUAGCUGGAACCGCUCACUGAAGACUUGACAGCAGGACCAUGCAGACUCUUUACCUGUAUCUCCGACAGAUUGUUCUUUUCUUCUUCCAGUGUCAUCAUGUGUUGCUAAAUGAAAUUCUGCUGACAGGAAAAAAGGAUGUAAAUCAGUAGGAAAACUGUCGGAUUUGGACUUCAGAAAAACUGACAAGUGAAUUGAGGCAUACGUUUGUAAUGAGCUUUGUACAUUGAAAACAGUAUAAAAGGGAUAUGCAGAGAUUUUGGGCACCUGCAAGCGAACCUGUUUGUUUGGAGAAACAUGGAUGCAUAUGUAGUGGCUAGGUAUCAAAACGUAUCACUUUUUCAGGAUACCUGAAGAGACAAUUAUACCUUAUGAGAGGUAUUUUUUGAAAUGAUGACCUUAUGUUGAAAUGAUGACCUAAUGUUAUUCAUUUGUCACAUUCAAAAUGUCCGAUUCUGCAGAAAGUAAAUGAAUUGGGAGAAAACUGAGUAAAGACAGUCUUCAUAGCAGUUCUGUUCUGAAAUUUUGACCAUUUCCAUUUUGCUCAAGCUGUGGACAAAAUAUCGAAUCUAAUAUUUUUCCCUUAUGAGGACCAUCAAGAAAAUCAGUAGACAUUGAUGUUGCAGCUUGUCAGGAAAGCUCUGUUCUCUGUGGUAAAUGGUUCCAGUAAUCAGCACUGACAUGAUGCUCUUUUCUAAUGCCUACCAUCGUCAUUGCCAGUAGUCUUUUGUUUGUUUGAAACUUUUUUACGCAUGACUAAAUGGGAAAGAAACCUGGACUUUUAUACUCUCUUUUUUUUUUUUUUUUUUUUUUUUUUGCCAGAUAUCUUAAUUUUUGCUUAUGCUUAUUUCUAUGAAACCCAGCUAUGUGCGAAUCAAAGGUGAAAAAGAAAAUUAGAUAGAGUUGUGUUUGCUGAAGGACAUUACAGACAACGGGUAAACUGCAGUCUGUCUACAUUGUGUGAAGAACCAAGGAAAUUGGAACUACAUGAAUUGACUGCACCAAGACAAUGAACCAGUCAGGAUUGAUUGAGCCUGUCCCAAUUGGAAAUGGUAGCUUUGGAAAUACCGUGAGUAUGUCCCCGAACCACUCAUGUCCUCUGAGCUGGGGACAAAAUGAGGGCAUGGCAACUUGCAUCUUAGAGACAACUCUCAUUGUGCUGCUGACCGUGCUCAUUAUUGCUGGGAAUUUGACGGUUAUUUUUGUGUUUCAUUGUGCCCCUUUGCUGCACCACUACACCACCAGCUACUUUAUCCAGACUAUGGCCUAUGCAGACCUUCUGGUGGGACUGAGUUGCCUGGUGCCCACUUUCUCUUUACUGCACUACCCAGCCGGUGUCCAAGAGCCACUCACAUGCCAGGUGUUUAGCUAUGUCAUCUCGGUGUUGAAGAGUGUUUCCAUGGCUUGCCUGGCCUGCAUAAGUGUGGAUCGCUACCUGGCCAUUACUAAGCCCCUCUCAUACAACCAGCUGGUGACACCAUGCCGUUUGCGUUGCUGCAUCGUCCUGAUAUGGAUCUACUCUUGCAUUGUGUUCCUGCCAUCAUUCUUCGGUUGGGGGAAGCCUGGAUACCACGGGGACAUCUUUGAGUGGUGUGCUCAUUUCUGGCCAACUUCUGCUCUGUUUACUGGCUUUGUCGUGUGCCUGCUGUAUGCUCCAGCGGCCCUUGUGGUCUGCUUCACCUACUUUCACAUCUUCCGCAUUUGUCAGCAACAUAAUCGGGAGAUCAGUGAGAGAAGGGCUCGUUUUCCCAGCAAUGAGAUGGAGGCUAGUGAGGGGGGGCACCAUACAGGUCAUGGCCCUGACAGACGCUACGCCAUGGUGCUCUUUCGCAUCACAAGUGUCUUCUACAUGCUUUGGCUUCCCUACAUCAUUUAUUUUCUCCUGGAGAGCUCCCACAUCUUGGACAGCCCUGCGGUGUCUUUCAUCACCACCUGGUUAGCGAUCAGCAAUAGCUUCUGCAACUGCGUCAUCUACAGUCUGUCCAACAGCGUGUUCCGGCUCGGCAUGCGUAGGCUCUCGCAGACGCUCUGUUCCUCCUGCUCCUUCAGCCCUUGUGCCCAAGAUGACAAGGAUUUCAGAGAGCCAAAGCCUAGGAAAAGAGCUAACUCGUGUUCAAUCUGAAGAAGUUGUCUUGAGCUGCUAAUUAUUAUUUCGACUUGGAAGUUUUUGGAUUUGUGCAAUUAAUAUAUUAACUUGAAAAUGAGUUUAUCAUUACUGAAAGGUUCACCUUGUUGGGUUACACCAGAUCUUAUCUGAACCACACACAGUUAAACCUCCUGUCCUGUAAAUAAAAGUGGCAUUUGCCUUGGUAGUGCAUAUAUCACCAAAUGAUUGGUGGAUACAAACAUAACCUGGUUGGAUUUGUUUUUUUGUUUUUUUUAACAAAAUAUG